GCCCUGAGGCCCCGCCGGGCUCCCUCCGGGGAAGGAGCCAGCCAGCCCUCCUGGGGCUCCGGGGAAGCCCUCCGGCCCAGCCCCACGCCAGCAGCCCCCGCAAGGUAAGCCCCGGAGGAGCAGCCAGGACACGGCCUCCAUGCCAGGAAGCAUGGGCUUCUUCCCCUUUCUGCUGGGCACCAAGAGGCAGCCUGGGCUGGGUCCUCCUGUCCUCCUCUUCUGUCCAGGAGGACGCCCCAGAAUCCCGGCCAGGGAGCAUGGCUAGCCGUGGCCAGGGAGGGCUGCCCAGGGGCCCCGCAUCCCUCCAUCCCUCCUCCUCCUCCUCCUCCUCCGUCCAGGAGCCAGUCCCAGGAGGUCCUCCCUCAGGGAACAAGAAGCAGCAGCAGCAGCAGCAGCAGCAUCGGGAGCAGGAGAGGCACUGAGGGACGGCAGCCCUCUCCGGAGCCCGGGCGCCGCCGCCUCCUCCCUUCUCCUCCGGGGGCAAAGCCGGGCUCCCUGGGGGAGCGGAGGGCCCGAUGCCCGGUCCCCGGAGGGCAGAGGGAGGCGCUUCCCGCCCGGGAGCCUCCUCCUCCUCUUCCUCGGAGGAGCCGCAGCAUGGGCCCCGCGGAGGAGAAAGAGCAGCGGGCGAUAGGAUGGAGUGGAGAGUGGAGGGGCCAAGACACAGAUCAGACAGUUCUCCCUCUGCCUACAGGAGUUUGCCUGCCCAUCAAGUACAUUACUGGGAGCCGGGGUUGUGGGGUACACUCACUCUGUUGUCACUCUUUGCCGGGGCAGUCAUGGCAACCCCCCAGACCUGGCAUCAUAAUCAGACAUUGGGAGCAACACCUGGAAGCAUGGACACUGCCAGCCCUGCCCUCAUGGAGGAAAACAGCAAGGAAGCCCCAUCCUGGGGUGCAUGGAACUACUGGCAUGGGGAAAACAUGACCAUACAAGGGUCCAGUGCCUCAGAACUACUCAGGGCUGAACGUUCUCCAGAGGGUGCCACCAAAGUCCGGAAAGGAUCCAGGAAGGCUGGGCGUGGGAACCGCAGCCGCAACUGCCGCCUGCACAGCCUGAGGGUGAAGGUGCGGGAUUUGGGACUUGGCUUUGAGUCGGAUGAGAUUGUGAAGUUCAAGUACUGCAGCGGGUCCUGCCAUCGAGCCCGCACAAAUUAUGACCUCACCUUGAGUAGCCUGCUGCAGCAACGUGCCAUCGUGCCUGGGCCUCAUGACCACCCCUCCUCCCAUCCAUGCUGUCGGCCCACCAAGUAUGAGGACUUUUCCUUCAUGGAUGUGCGCAAUGCCUGGAAGACAGUGAGCCAAGUCUCGGCAGCAGAGUGUGGCUGUGUGGGCUGAGGUGUGCUGUCUGCCCAGAGCUCACGGUGUCACUGUGGUGACAGGUAUUCCUGCUCCCAUUGCAGGCCUGCCAAGAGCCCUCCCUGUCUGUGGUUCUUGGGACAAGGAGAUACACAGUCUGUGAUGUGGCUUGCCAGACCAAAUAGAAGCAGCACGUGAACAAUAAGUUGGAGAGGAGCAUUCUUGACUCAAAUGGGUCUAGGCCUUACAGGCAUACAUGCUGGACAUCUUUACAGUGUCGUCUUCAUGCUUGCAACAAGAUGGUGGGACAAAGCUCAGCCAAGCCAAUGAGGUCAGCAACAAGCCUCACUCUGGGUGGAUCUCGUUCGGUCUGUCAACAGUGUUGUGAAUUUACUCACACAUCGAGUCUCCUCUUUCAGUAGAGAGACAUGACUGGAAUUGCCCAAACCUUAUCAAAGGAUAAGUGGGCAGGGAUGUCAACAGAAAGAACUGUGGUGCUAAUGGGUAGCUCUUUAAGUGCCCCUCCUUAUCACUAGUCCUUCUCUAGCCAGCUUAAAGAAAAAGGCUGCUUACUAGGGUCACCCAGCUGCAUCAGCUGCAACACACAUCCUCUCCCCACUUCUUCUCCAUAGCGGCAACCUCAAUUUUCCCUAGCAGCUUGGUCUAUUUCCGUGAAGAAGAAGAUGUAGUUGCACAUAAAGGCCAGUUUUGCAACCAUUAGUAGAGGUUUCAGGGUCAGCCUACAGUUGUUCUUCUAUACCUCCUCUGUUUUCUGGAGACUCAGUGAUUGCUACUUCCAUUAGUCCUGUGCUAGAAUAGCCAGUAUACUGAUUGAGAACCAAAUGGCGCACUUUCCUGAUUUCUGGACUUUCUGCCUGCUUAGAGUCUUUUAUCUAGUUAGGGAGCUUCUCCUGGAGAGAACAAGCCUGCAGCAGGUGGAAUAUAGAGUCUGGGCAAUGCGGAGGAGCUCAGUAAGAAUAGCUGGAGAAGUCUGAUUUUCUAAUGCAAAGUCAAACCAGCUACAGCUAGAGAAAGGGCUUCUCCUAUAAAUCCAUGAUGGUGUUAACAUUUGAAUUUGCGACAUUCCCUGUUACAUCAGCAACAACUUGGAGUUUGGCCACUGCACAUUUUUCAGGCUGGUUCUGGAAGCAACAACAGUCCCUGCCAUUUCCUAGGCCAGGCAUCUCUUGGUACCAGCAGGGCCCAUCCAUCCUAGAAGUGACACUUUCUGAACAAAGUUAUUUAUUCUCUUAAGUUAUUUAUUUAUUUGUUUGCACCCCACUCAUUUCUGGUGGUACCUAUUUAUAAUGCUGAGAAUUGGGCCUGGGGCAACAUUUAAAGCAGAUGCUGAUGCUAUGCCCCAGCCUGCAGUCAGCACCUCCUUGUCCUUUCCCCCUCACUUGGCCUAAGCAAAGGCAUUUCCUCUUCCUCCUUUCCUGAUUUUAUAUUCUCUACCCUUUAUUUGCAUUUGGAUAAACUCUAUUUUUGUACAGCAGCAACUUCCUGUAGCAAU